GCAACUUGAGCGCAGAAAAAUGAUGUAGGAAGCCAAAAGAACUUCCUGGUUUCCUUUUCAGCGAAUCGGCUUCAACAUGAAGUCGUGGAGGCAGGAUAGAUUGAUUCCUUUUGAAGACAAGGAGCUAACGCAUUAUACUGAGAAAGAGGAAAAGGCAUUUUCGGUUUUGGAGUGGAGCGAGACACCCCUGGGUCUCUCCAAAUUGGUUAAGCAGUACAUUUUGCCACAGAUUGUUAGGAUCGAAGAUGGAUAUUAUUCACAGGAAGAAGACAGCAGUUUAAGUUCAGGACAGAUUCUGAAGAUUCAUUGUGUCAAGACUGUUAGGAAACUGGCUGGUCUCGAUCAGUAUGGCAAGGAGGUUCAUGUGCCUUUGAACACUACAACUAAAGUGAUUCUCCGUCCAGAAAAUUUUAGAGUCGUGUAUGAAACAGUCAACGAUCUGGCACACGCAAAACCUGUCCCUAAAUUUGUUGAGGUCACUAGAGGCUACUUCAACCCUAAAGGAUUAAAUGGUGACAACAUUGAAGAUCUUACUGUUGAUCCUGGAGAAGUACUUGAAGUGGUAAGACCAGCAGAUCACCAGUUAUUCUCAAGACCAAGCCAGGAGAAAUAUAUGGUGUUCAAAAAUUCAAAAGGUGAGGAAUUCAAAUUGCCCUAUGGGUGCAGCCCAGGCUUCAGGUCAUUGCUGGAAAAGGAACAGCAUCUUUUAGGGGAAAUUGUGAAUAACCAUAAGCUACCAAUAUUUGCUAGCUUUGCGGAAGAAUCAAUAUGCAAGGUUGAAUCAUUUGACACUCAAAAUAAACUUGCAAAAUUUGGUGUUAUCCAAUUCAAUUCUUUCUAUGAUGAAGAACUAAUUGUGGCAUCAUGCGGACAUGAAAGUGUCAGAGUUAUCUUCACGAUCCCGAAAGACAUUGAUGUAACAGUGAAAGUUGCAAAAGGUGCAUUGACAAAUGAUCCCGAGUAUACUGGACUCUGUCAAGGUUAUAACAACUACAAACGCAUUGAGGAACUGACCAUCAAGAGAUAUGAACGGGAUAUUUACCGAAGGUCUGGUGAAGUUAGAGGGUACGAGUACUGCUUGCGUUCUGCUGGAGAGGGACAAUUCAUUGACAUGGAAGGGGAAAGUGAUGAAUAUGAUAGCGAUGACACACACUGUGAAACUAUUUAUGUCUAUAACGAUACAGCAAAGUCAUCAGGGAAGUCAGUUGGAACAGAUAAAAAAAAGACUCUGACGCUUCCGUAUGAAGUGACAGAUAUUAAUGUCACUGAUUUCAGAAAAGGAGGAAAGUACUUUGAACACCUUUCUGAAAGCAAAGAUGACAAUGUGAAUGGGUAUUAUGAUCUUCAGGGUCGCACAAGCGAUAUGUGUCAUGAUGGCCAGCCGGUCAAACUUGUCAGAUUUACAUCUUUAGACCAGACUGGGGACGAUCUUCCAAAACCACUCGUUGAUAUUGGGAAUAAAAUUGGCAAAUUGGAAGUCUCUGGUGAUCCAAAUAAAGCAUUGUAUGAUGAAAGUGGUUAUUUAAAGUCGGUAAGCAAAAAUGACGCAGACAAGAGUACAAUGACACAGAAGAAAAAAGCAGAUCCAAAUAACAGUGUCAUUCAAUCACUUACAAGACCACCAUCUUCAGGAAGUGCAACAUCAACAGAAGAAAAACAUGUCCGUAUAAAGCCAACAUUGCCUAAACCAUUUGUGAAAAAGGACGUCCCCCCAAAACCGCCACCAAAAUCACCAGCUGCUUCAGUUGUCAUCAAUCCAGAUAAGACAGCUCCAGAAAAUACCAAAAUACUGUCAGCUGUAGUCAUUGAAGAAAAUACAAAUAAAAGGCAAACAAGUGCUACAUCAUUUCAGAUCCCGUAUGAUUUAUCAAAAAUGAGCUCGGCUGAAGUUUGCUCUUGUUUGCUCGUUUUGAACCUUGGACAUCUCAAGGAGGUUUUUGUCAAGAACCAAAUAAAUGGUGAUCUGUUGGUAUCAUUAGAAGAUGAUGACUACAAAGACUUACAACUCACGAACUUCGAAAGAAAGAAAAUGAUGCGGUUUGUGCAAGGAUGGCGACCUGACAAUGCAGAUAGCAGAACAAAAUGCAAAGGACGGCCUAAAAAGAAGGAGACUAAAGUCAAAGAAAUUAGGCCAGUUCAACUGUCACUUGACUCAUUACCAACUACAUCGGGGACUGUUAAUCCAUUUGUUUCAUCUACUCCGAUACAAAAUCGAUCAGCAGAAUCAGGGAAGUCACGUUCGCUUACCAAGAUAUCAAAAGCACGACAAAACUUUAAAAGGUUGUCUGAAGAUAUCAACGAACGUUGUACUACUGAAACAGGCUAUCGUUUAAUUGACAUGGAGUUAAUUUCGCAAGCUUUCAAAGUGCUUGCCUGUCCUGAAUGUUUGUCUUGUUCAUUGGAAGUGAAGGAUAACCACAGAGCAAAGAAUGGGUUUGCAAACAAACUAUCCUUGACCUGCCAGGAGUGUUUUUGGUCCUAUGAAUUUUUUACCUCCAAAAUAGUGAAAGGAAGUUAUGAAGUAAACAAGCGUUUUGCUUAUGCAAUGAGAAGGACUGGAAAUGGCUAUGCAGGUGGUAAAAAGUUUUGUGCUGUGAUGAAUAUCCCAACAAUGCCUACUAAGAAAAACUUCAUGAAAUUGAACUCCUCCCUGAAGUCAGCUGUCUAUGAUGUUGCUCAGGAAAGCAUGAAAAAUGCAGCAAAUGAAGUAAAGAGCAUAAUUGGAAAGGAUAACACAGAUUGUGGUGUAUCAGUUGAUGGCAGCUGGCAAAAAAGGGGAUUUGUAUCCUUGAAUGGAUGUGUAAGUGCAAUAUCCAUGGAUACAGGAAAGGUGGUAGAUGUUGAGCCUAUGUCAAGGCAUUGUAAAGGAUGUGAAACACAUUCCAGUCUUGAUAGGAACUCUAUCACCUAUCAAAAUUGGAAAGAAAAGCAUCUAUGCAAAGCAAAUAUUCAUGGUUCUGCUGCUGCCAUGGAGCCUGAGGGUGCAAGAAGAAUUUUCGCAAGGUCGGUACAGAAACAUGGAAUUUGUUACACAAAAUUUUAUGGCGAUGGAGAUAGUAAAGGUUUUCACGCUGUAGAAAGGAUAUACGAAGAAACAGGAAAACCAGUUGAGAAGCUUGAGUGCAUUGGUCAUGUGCAAAAAAGGAUGGGAACAGCAUUAAGGAAGUUGAAAAAGGAGACUAAGGGCUUAGGUGGGAAAGGAAAGCUGACUGACAAGUUAAUUGAUAAGAUUCAAAGCUACUAUGGUAUUGCCAUUCGUAGUAAUUCUGGUAACCUUGAAUCAAUGAAGAAAUCAAUAUUGGCGGUUUUAUUUCAUUGUGCUUCAUCGGAAGAUAAUCCAUACCAUAAUUACUGCCCAGAGGGAAAAGAUUCUUGGUGUGGUUUCAAAGCAGAUAAGGCAAAUAACACAAGCAUUUUCAAGCCAGGCAAAGGUCUGCCAAUGCAGGUUAUUGUUUUGUUGAAACCAAUCUUUGCAAGGCUCAGCUCAGAUGAAUUACUGAAAAAAUGCCUUCAUGGCAUGACCCAAAACCAAAAUGAGUCAUUCAACAGAGUUAUUUGGGACAGGGUUCCAAAAACAACUUAUGUUGGCAGAGAUGUCUUUGAACUAGGUGUUUAUGAUGCACUCCAAUUUGGCAAAAAUGACGCAGACAAGAGUACAAUGACACAGAAGAAAAAAGCAGAUCCAAAUAACAGUGUCAUUCAAUCACUUACAAGACCACCAUCUUUAGGAAGUGCAACAUCAACAGAAGAAAAACAUGUCCGUAUAAAGCCAACAUUGCCUAAACCAUUUGUGAAAAAGGACGUCCCCCCAAAACCGCCACCAAAAUCACCAGCUGCUUCAGUUGUCAUCAAUCCAGAUAAGACAGCUCCAGAAAAUACCAAAAUACUGUCAGCUGUAGUCAUUGAAGAAAAUACAAAUAAAAGGCAAACAAGUGCUACAUCAUUUCAGAUCCCGUAUGAUUUAUCAAAAAUGAGCUCGGCUGAAGUUUGCUCUUGUUUGCUCGUUUUGAACCUUGGACAUCUCAAGGAGGUUUUUGUCAAAAACCAAAUAAAUGGUGAUCUGUUGGUAUCAUUAGAAGAUGAUGACUACAAAGACUUACAACUCACAAACUUCGAAAGAAAGAAAAUGAUGCGGUUUGUGCAAGGAUGGCGACCUGACAAUGCAGAUAGCAGAAGCUAAGUUUAUAAAUGUUAGUAGAAUCUCCUGCAAAUGGCGUCUGGCUGAACAUAUUUGAGUACGUACUCUAUGUAAAUCAGCAUGUAAUUCAGCAUGUAACUCAGCUCAAGAAGAAGGCGAUAUUAACGAGUUUUCAGUAUAAUCGUUUAAUUGUAGAUUUGUAUCAUUUAUGUUAUGAAAUUUAUAUAUUAUUAAUGCUAAGUACCCAUUUGCUAAAGAUUUGAAAUGCAGGGA